GCACAAUCGAUCAGUCUUGCCACAGCUAGAGACGUUCGCCAACUUUGUAACGGUACGCGAUGACUCAAAAACUGGAUACCACCGUACAAGUAAUGGCUGCCCUACUCGCGGUGUUGGCGCUAUCGGCCCAUUGUGCGAGCGGAACACGGAAGAUAAAGCGGCAAACAACGUGCACGGAAGAUAAUGAAGAGUUCCUCACGUGCGGUCCCAGGUGUCCGGAGAACUGCCCGCCGUCCGAGCUGGAGCUGUGCCCGGAAGAAAGCUGCACCGUCGGAUGUUUCUGCAAGGCGGGAUUCGUGCGCUUCUUUGGCCAUCGUUGCAUUGAACAAUCGGAGUGCCCGUUCUGAUUGGCCCUUGCCAUAGCCCGGUUACCAUGCAUAGCUUAAGUUGUAACAGUUGCCAGUAAAGGAAGGAAGCAUUA